CGCCAAGCCAUGCGUUCCCCGUCGCUGCUGCCGCUGCUCGCGCUCGCCGCCGCCGUCGCCGGCUCCGCCAUCCCCAUGUGGGAGUACCUCAACAGGGGCGAAAAGAUGAACCUGUUGUACAAUAUGCUGACGAUGAAAGUGAAAGAGUACUGCGAAACAACAAAAAUGCCAGACUGCAACACCAAAAUGCUUAUCCAUGGCUACAAGAAUUUAGCUAAAAUGGAAGACUCCAGUUUAAACAGGAUGGACCCAUACCAACGUGGAGCCUCGGAUCUCAUUUGGGGCACAAUGAUGAAGGGCGGUGUUGACAGCCACGGCGAAACGGCUUCGCAUCCAGCAGACUACCACUCAGAGCACAACGAAAGUGAUGAUGGAAACAUAGGUUCCCAAGGAGCUGCCUCAACUAAUGUUCAUCAGUAUCUGCCCACUGAAUCACAGGGAUACCUCAUGGGUCCAAUGGUCAUGAAACUGCUGCCUGAUGGGAAUCCAGUUCCAGGUGAGCAGCAGUUUCCCAUAGUGAGGGAUGAAGAUGCUGAGGAAAUGAAGCUCAUGCAGUAUCAGUACUCACCUCCACCAGAAGACAUACUGAAAAAAUCUUCAUAAUCAUCAGUCCAACAAUAAAAGUGAUUUCAUUGUUUUAUAAAAAGAGCUAGACAGUGAAGUCACAGUUCCACAAAGCCAGGACACUGUUAUUUUAGUUUCACAGAAAACUGUAGUGAUGCAGCACUACUAUAAAAAUGAGCUGAGCUAUAAGAAACCUGUUACAAUAAAAGUUUUGGCAUUAUUACAUAAAUUACUCAAGAAAAGUGUGAAAGAAAUAGCUAAAGGUAGUUAAUAUUUGUGUUUACAUCUUUUAUUUUAUUUACAUUACUGACCUGGCCAUACUUAUCCAUAAUUAUCAGCAAUACACAGUACUGGUUUUAAUCUAACAGACACCAAAUUUGUUAUACCUUAUCACUGUUUGAGGUGCAAGGAACAUGAACUGUAUUGGUAAGAUGAAACUAUGGGCUGGACUAUGACACAGAUUGGUUCUCUGCUUUUUGUUGGGAUUAUUGUACUAACUGCUGAGUACUUCUGUUGGUAGUGCAACAUUCUGAUAAGUAGAGAUUUUGGUUACACACACACACACACACACACACACACACACACACACACACACACACACACACACACGGUAUAUAUUACAAGUUCAGACCCACAACAAAACAUUUUAUGCUCCAAAAGUUUGCAUCUGACUGAUCUUUUAAACAGAUUUGUAAUGACCUUGUAACAUACUGUGCUACAUGCCAUCUGUUAGUUUGUAAACUGUAGGUGUAUUAUUAUUAUUAUUAUUAUUUAUUUUGUCAUUAUUUAUUUACUUAUUACUGUUAUUUAAAUAAAAAUUACUUUCCCAGAUAAUGAUCAUUUAUGUUCAAAUGUAGUAAAUUAUUAUGUCUAAAUACAAGAUAACUCAGCAUGAGGUGAGACCUUAAAAUGUAGUGAAUUAUAAUUUUGAAGCAAAAUUCAGUACCAACAUGUGUUAGCUAAGUCUUUCUCUGUAAAUUAGCAAGGAAGUUUUUGCUUAAA